AUGACACUGCCUCCGCCCAGAUGCACCUCUCUCCGUGUCCCGCGCUGCCGCAUUCCCGGCCCACAGGCUCGGUCCGGACUCCCGCUGCAGUUGCUACUGCUGCUGCUCUGGGCGGCCGCCGACACCCAAGGCCACCCGAAGAGUGGACCCCGCAUCUCCGUUGUCUGGAAAGGCCGCACAGGGAAGGACCGGGUGGAUUUUGGCUCAGCGGAGCCACACACCGUGCUUUUCCAUGAGCCAGGCAGCGAUUCUGUGUGGGUGGGUGGACGUGGCAAGGUCUACCUCUUCAACUUCCCCGAGGGCAAGAACGCCUCUAUGCACACGGUGAACAUUGGCUCCACCAAGGGAUCCUGCCUGGGCAAGCAGGACUGUGAGAACUACAUAACACUCUUGGAGAGACAGGGCGAGGGGUUGCUGGCCUGCGGAACCAAUGCCCGGCACCCCAGCUGCUGGAGCCUGGUGAAUGGCACUGUGGAGUCACUUGGUGAGAGGAGAGGUUAUGCCCCCUUCAGCCCGGAUGAGAACUCCCUGGUUCUGUUUGACGGGGAUGAGGUGUACUCUACAAUCCGGAAGCAGGAAUACAAUGGGAAGAUCCCUCGGUUCCGCCGCAUCCAGGGCGAGACUGAGCUGUACACCAGUGACACCGUCAUGCAGAAUCCACAGUUCAUUAAGGCAACCAUCGUGCACCAAGACCAGGCCUAUGAUGACAAAAUCUACUACUUCUUCCGGGAGGACAACCCUGACAAAAAUCCUGAGGCUCCUCUCAAUGUGUCCCGCGUGGCCCAGCUAUGCAGGGGGGACCAGGGUGGUGAGAGUUCGCUGUCGGUCUCCAAGUGGAAUACUUUCCUGAAGGCCAUGCUGGUGUGCAGUGACCCCCUCACCAACAAGAACUUCAACAGGCUACAGGAUGUCUUCCUACUCCCUGACCCUAAUGGUCAGUGGAGGGACACUAGGGUCUAUGGUGUUUUCUCCAACCCCUGGAACUACUCAGCUGUCUGUGUAUAUUCCCUUGGUGACAUUGACAAGGUCUUCCGUACUUCCUCACUCAAGGGCUACCACACAGGCCUUCCCACCCCUCGGCCUGGCAAGUGCCUCCCAGGUCGGAAGCCGAUACCCACGGAGACCUUCCAGGUGGCCGACAGUCACCCUGAAGUAGCACAGAGGGUGGAGCCCAUGGGGCCUCUGAAGACACCGCUGUUUCACUCUAAGUACCACUACCAGAAAGUAGUUGUUCACCGCAUGCACACCAGCCACGGGGAGACCUUUCAUGUGCUUUACCUAACUACAGACAGAGGCACCAUCCACAAGGUGGUGAAGUCAGAGGAGUGGGAAAGCAGCCUCGUCUUCAACAUCAUGGAGAUCCAGCCUUUCCGCCGUGCGGCAGCCAUCCAGGCCAUGUCACUGGACCCUGACCGGCGGAAACUGUAUGUAAGCUCCCAAUGGGAGGUGAGCCAGGUGCCCCUGGACCUGUGUGACAUCUAUGGUGGGGGCUGCCAUGGCUGCCUCAUGGCCCGAGACCCAUACUGUGGCUGGGACCAGGGCCACUGUGUCUCCAUCUUUAGCUCCCAAAGGUCAGUGCUGCAGUCUAUUAAUCCAGAUGAGCCACACAAAGAGUGCCCCAACCCAAAGCCAGAUGAGGCCCCACCUCAGAAGGUCUCUUUGGCCCGGAACUCUCGCUACUACCUGAGCUGCCCCAUGGAGUCCCGCCAUGCCACCUACUGGUGGCGCCAUGGAGAGAAGGUGGAGCAGAGCUGCGAGCCUGGCCACCAGAGUCCCAACUGCAUCCUGUUUAUCGAGAACCUCACGGAUGGUCACUAUGGUCACUACUACUGCGAGGCCCAGGAGGGCUCCUACGUCCACAAGGCCCAGCACUGGCAGCUGCUGUCUGAGGACGAGGCCAAGGCCCAGCAUCUGCUGGGCUGUGCCCAUGCCCUUUUGGCCUCCCUCUGGCUGGGGGUCCUGCCAACACUCAUUCUUGGCCUACUGGUUCAUUAG